ACACACCAACUGCAACAUCACACAUUCACCCAAAACACUGUAUUCGGUGCAUUUUAAGUCAAUUUUAUUACAAUGCAUUAGGCUUAAGUAGACUUACAUUUUACUUCAUUACAUUAUUAUUAUUUAUGUUUUUUUUAUGGUCACGUUAACAGUGUGUGUGUGUCAAAAGAGGCCCCCAGUAGACCACAUGACGCAUAUCAGAAGAUGUUCGGUCUUCUGCGCAACUUGCCCACCCUCAAGUGGUUAUCUCUCCUCAGCAUUCAGAAGGAAAACAACCCGAAGCAAGGAGUAGGCCUACCGCAAACGACCGCCGCAAAUUACAAUUUUGUUUACCUCAUUUAGACAAUUGUUGUAAAUACUGCCAUAAAACGUGAUUUGCUUGCAUUUUGAUGGGUUAUAGUGGUGCAAAAAAUGGUUGACUAACACCUUUACGCAGACCUGUGCCGUGCGCCCGUUCAGACAUUCAACUUUUACGCAUAGCACCAGCGCAACGGGCUACAAUAUGCUCACAGACCACGAAAAGGAGCUGAUCGCUAAAAUUUGGGACAAAAUGAUUCCCGUGGCUUCCGACAUCGGAGCUGAAUGUCUUCUAAGGAUGAUGACGACUUUUCCCGGGACAAAAACAUACUUCGCCCACCUGGACAUCAGACCCCGGUCCCCGCACCUGCGUUCCCACGGGAAGAAGAUAGUUCUCGCGAUAGCUGAGUGUUCCAAAGACAUCAGCUCGAUGAUGGUCACCCUGGCACCGCUCCAAACACUGCAUGCCUACAAACUGAGAAUAGACCCCUGCAACUUCAAGCUUCUUUGUCACUGUAUCCUCGUGACUUUGGCCGCUCACAUGGGUGAUGAGUUCGAUCCUGUCGCCCACGCAGCCAUGGACAAGUACCUCUCGGCCUUCGCAGCCGUCCUUGCAGAGAAAUACAGAUAAGGAGCAUCAUAGCCCRAUCAUAUAAACCAAAUGUUGCUGUUCCAUUAACUUAUUAUAGAGUAUUUUAUUUGUGUGUUUUUCUUUUGUAAUAAAACCUGACAGAAACACCUGA